AUGGCGGGCUACAAAGAGAUCGCCGUCCUCCUGGCCGUCGCCGCGCUCCUCGGCGCCGCCGCGGCCGGGGCGGCGGAAGACGACCACAUGUACCACUGGAAGUGCUUCAAGUCGUGCACCGGAAAGUGCCGACACGACGAAGACGCCGCGUCCAAGGUCGACGGCGCCGGCGCCGGUGACGCCCUCAACUCCUCCAUCUCCGUCGCAGUCCCCGGCGGCGGCGUCAACCACAAGUGCAAAAAGGGGUGCAUGGACGAGUGCUUCGAGGACCUGCCGGGCCUGUGCUACCAGCAGUGCGUCGUCAGCACCUGCGUCUGCCUUCCGCCCUUUAGCAAAGAGAAAUUGAUGUGCAUGAAGAGCUGCUGCGAGAAGUGCUUCCACCACGGCCCGAUGCCUGGCCCGCCUGGCCCCGGCCCGAAGCCGCCCAAGCCGUCGCCGUCGCCGCCCAAGCAGCCGCCGUCGCCGCCCAAGCAGCCGCCAUCGCCACCCAAGCCGUCGCCGCCCAAAGCGCCCAAGCCAUCGCCGCCGGCGCCGAAGCCAAAGCCGAAGCCGCCGUGUCCCCCCGGGUCCGAGCCCGACAACGGCAAGUGA